CGCGUCCCACCCACCUACCAUCAAUCAUCCACAUCUAGUGAUAGACAGGCCAUCUGAGUGUAAUUUGUGUUUGUGAUUGAGUGAGUGACCGAGUGAGUGGCUAAUUGAUCCGUUGAGCGGAUGGAUUGACUCACACACAUAUCUGUACAGCGUCAUGAAUCCACACGUCAUGAAAUCCAUGCAUGGAUGGACACGUACGGACGUCCAAUCAGUCGCCACCCAUCCGCCCACCCACCCAACCAGGCCUCAACCAUCCCCAUCUAUCAUCUCUUGGUUCUGGUUCGCGGCUGCCAGCAUCUCUUGCUCUCUAGGAUCCACCUCUCCCUCCGGCAUGUGCGCGCCCAUGAAGGCGGGCACUUCCUCGUCAGCCUGAGGAUCCUCUCCCUCCCCAUCGGCCUCCUCAUCCUCCUGACCCUCGUCUUGGUCCUCCAUGGCAUCAGCUGCCGCAGCCAGCGCGUCGACCUGCACAUACUCGACAUGAUAGUGGAAGUUGAGCUCGACGAUGGGUUGGGUGAGGCGCAGGGGCGAGACUUUGAUGACCAAGGGCUUCUCAGGUGUGACAACCAGCCGCAUCUGCACACACACAUACAGACACAGACACAGACACAGACAGACACAGACACAAGGGUGAUGGUCUGACAGUGGUGAUGUGUGUGUGUGUGUGUCAGGAUGGUGUGAAUGACCGUCUGAUCGCUGCCGUUCUUCAACCUAAUCGUCCGGCCCUCGAGGCAUCGCGUGCUGUUCAGUAGCCUACCGACGAGCCCGGCUACUUCCCCACCAUCCCCGCCCGCCUCGCCCGCCCCGCCCUCUCCGUUGAUGACGACGGCCGACCACACUGCAGUGGCGUCGACGAUCGCAUCAUCACUGCCCAGCAGCGCCCGCCGCUCCUCGUCACGCUUGAUCUUGUCCAGCCUGUCGCGGCUCCACAUGAGCGUCACGCUCAUGGCGGGGCGGGCUGAGCCGCCUGGCCCUCGGCAUUCGGCAGAGCCGAAUGGCGUAAGAACCACCUGGCUAGGAUCACGGCGUCAUGGGCGCUGGCGGACGGGGCGAUGCGUCUGACCUUUCCCUCCAUCACCACCCCAUCGCCGUGCAGCUGAGAGGGCUGGACCGGGACGAGCUUCGACCCGCGUGGGCAGGGACGGCCGAACAAUGCCCACAUCUUCUUCUCCCCGUUGUUGAAGACGGAGAAGAGGGAGGACAGGUCCCUGUACAGCUGUGGGUCGCCCCCCUCUCUCGCUCGCUGGAGAGUGGCCGCCCAUCCGCCGUCGAGCACCUGCCCGUCCUUGAGGAAGUCGAGGCUCCCGACUGACGAGUGCGGGUUGCUGGGGCGGCGGUGCUGCUUCUCGACCUUCGGGUAGAGGGAGGGGAACCGCCGCAUGGCGGCAGACGUGCCGUUGCGCGUGAAGGAGGAGAGGGGUGGCUUGCCCUCCUUGGCGCGUUGCAGGUUGCGCCGUGGUGCGAGUGGAGGAUCCUCGUUCAUCUCCACCACGACAGAACUACACACCACACAC